GUGGUUACCAUAGCACCCGUUGUCAAACACUACUGUGACUAGCUAGCUAGCUUACCUGCCAAUAAUACUACGUUAGUUCAUUGGCAAUAGUCUGAACAGGUUUCACAGCGUGCGUGUUAAAGACUUCUGGGCACAAAGGUUCUCAUGACUGCAGCAAAAGUGAGGAGUGGGAGGGAAAGUGUUCGUGUGCGCUACAAAUGUGGCCUACUCAACACUAUACAGGAUGUCCUGCGCCGAAGACAAGGUUGGGUGGAAGUCAAAGAAGAAGGAGAGUGGGACUUCAACUGGUGUGAUGUUGGCUGGAUCAGGGAGAAUUUUGAUCAUUCAUAUAUGGAGGAACACGUGAGGAUAAACCACUUUCGCAACCACUUUGAGUUGACUCGCAAAAACCUCAUGGUGAAGAACCUAAAGAGAUACCGCAAAACUCUUGAAAGGGAUGUUGGUCGCACGGAGGCCUCCAAAUGUGAUUUCUUCCCCUGUACCUUUGCACUGCCCAGUGAAUAUCAUCUCUUUGUUGAGGAAUUCAAAAGAAGCCCCGGUAGCACCUGGAUCAUGAAGCCGGUCGCAAAAUCGCAAGGAAAGGGCAUUUUCCUGUUUAGGAAACUGAAGGACAUCAUGGAUUGGAAAAAGGAUGGAACCCGCUCAGAAGAUCAGAAGGAUGCAGCUCAAGUGGAAAGCUAUGUCGCUCAACGCUACAUCGAGAACCCUUACCUAAUUAAUGGCAGGAAAUUUGAUCUGAGGGUCUAUGUGCUGGUCACAUCUUAUGUUCCCUUGAAGGCCUGGCUGUACCGAGAUGGCUUUGGCCGCUUCUCAAGCACCCGCUUCUCCCUUAGCAGUAUUGAUGACAAGUAUAUGCACCUCACCAAUGUGGCUGUUCAGAAAACAGCGCCUGACUACGAUCCCGAAAAGGGAUGCAAGUGGCAGAUGCAACCGCUUCGAAGAUACCUGACCGCAAAACAUGGCAGAGAAACAGUAGAAUCUCUGUUUAAAGAGAUGGAUAACAUCUUUGUCUGCAGUCUACAAAGUGUACAGAAGGUCAUUAUCAAUGACAAACACUGCUUUGAGCUCUAUGGCUACGACAUUCUUCUGGAUCAGAACCUCAAACCAUGGUUGAUUGAGGUCAACGCCUCCCCGUCCUACACACCAAGUAGUCAAGAGGAUUAUGAGAUGAAGUGCCGCCUGCUGGAAGACACUCUGAAUGUCGUUGAUAUGGAGGGAAGGCUGACAGGCAAGGAGAAAAGGGUGGGUGGCUAUGAUCUCAUGUGGAACGAUGGGCCUGUCUUUAGGGAGGACGUCAACCUGGAAACCUUCGGCAGUUCAUGUUUCACUGCCAACACGCACUUAGGGUGCGUAAACGACCGGGAGAAACAGCUUCGCCGGCUUCUGAAACCAUUUCCAGGACAGAAGAGAAUGUAACACACGCAUGUAUUGUUUUUAUGUCCAUCCAACGUGGCUCUAUGUUGUUUCUGUCAGAAGAGAAGCCCCACACAGAUAACUGCAAAUAAUUCACGUUCUGUGAUGGACUGUUGAAUUUUGAAUAUGUAAAUGUUUUUCAUCAAAGAAUGGCUAAACUUGUGAUUCUUUCAACCCCAGAGUUUGCAAAGUUGCAAAAGAAAAUUAAUUUUAGGAUUUUAGCAACGUGUCAGAAACAAGGACAGGUCCGCUGUGGGACAUUCACACGUCCCUUAAAAUGACUAGUGAAUCAAUGUCCCUUGAGUGCAAAACAUUUAUUUCUAUGCCUUACAAACACUUGCAUUCAACAUUGAGAAAAUACAUACUACAAUCUUUCUGCGUCCAUGUCAACCCAAAGUACACAAUGUGUGUAUAAUGCAUCAAUAUCUCCCCUCCAGGCCCCUUAUCUAUGGCUUUAAUAAUGAGUAAUGAGCUGCAAUCUUGAUAUAUUUCACAUUUUUUACAUUGAUGUAGAGUUCCCAUGGAUCAAGUGCACAGGGUGAAUCACAACAAACAUAGGACACGCUAAUGUAAACAGUUUUCUACAGACUUCAAGUAUGCAGUGUGAAAUGGACGUGAUAUGUACAACAUCACCAUGUUACAGCAUAACAGCUAUGAUGUUUAGAAGUUCCAUUAAAUUACAGGGAUGACCAAUGCCGUAGACCCCAAGUUACAUCCAGCUCUUGACUAAAUAUUGUCUUCUUUUGCAUGACAAUGUUAACGAAAAUAAUGGCAAUGAUAAAUACAAGUCAACCACAACACUUUUCAUAAAUAUAACUAUGGUAUAUAAAAUUUGGAAAAAUAUGCAUUUACAUUCGUAGCAAACAUUACACCGUGUCCAUUGAUAGAAAGAGCUCAGCUCUAUGCAAAAUACAGUAUCAUAUCAUAGCCUACAAUUCAAGCUGUUCAAACAUGAAAAGCCCUUGUAUCCAAACAUUUUAAACAAUUGCACAAGUCUGACAGUCAAAUCACAUCACUGCAGUACACCACCGCUCACUGUGCCUCCUUUUCAGCCAAAGAUGCUUGAAUUGAACAUAUAUCUUAAAACAUGAUGCGCCAAAGGAAUGAUAAAAUGUAACGUCAAGAAAAGUAAGAGCAUUGAAAACGACUACAUUCCAACAUCACAAACCCCACUAGUAACGGCUAUGGUCUUUAAUUUAAUGAUCUGUGUUUAACUUUACUAUAGAUU